GACGUCGUCACUGUGCGCCUGGUGUUUACAGGAAGCCGUCAAACAUACAGCAGACCCCAAACAUCAGCUGUUCUAAUCCCACACACAAGAGACUUAUUCUAGAUUUGUAUCUCGAAUCCAUGUCCAAAACGUCCUCAGUUAACAAGACGACCGUUUAAUUUAACAUCUGCCGUUUGCGGCGUCGAUUUUGUGGAUGAAUGCUGGAACAUGUGAACGCUGCAAAGUUACUGAGGGUGAAAAUCACCUGGAAAGCGGCUCGUUUUAAAGCCACAUGCCAGGUUGAGGGCAGCAUCUUAGUGUGAUGGACGAAGAAGAUCUGGAGACGCUUGGCGAGAAGCUGUACUCUCGGAUUCACCUCGAACACAGAGAGACUGCUGGGAAACUCACAGGUAUGUUGCUGGAGCUGCCAGGUCCUGUGCUGAGUCAGAUGCUGCAGGACGAGGCCAUGCUGACUGCAGCUGUGGAGAAAGCCCUCCGAGCACUGCAGCUGGCACGGGAGCCAAGCAGGAUAUCUCGUAAGGAUGAGGAUGAUGUGUCUGUGUCCUCAGACUCGCUCGGGGAGCAGUUGUUUGAGCUGGUGGACGUCUACAACACUGGCCACUCACAGAAAAUCACAGGGAUGCUUCUUGAGCAGCACAAAGAGGCUGUUUUGAACCUUCUUUCAGAUCCCAAACUGCUGGAGGAGCAGGUGAACCUUGCUCUGGGGACACUAAAGGAGCGGAACGAGGAGACGGACGUCAGUGAUUCAUCAGAUGCUGACGAUCCAGAUAAACUGGGAGAGAAGCUCUUCUCCCUGGUGGAGGAGCUGGUUCCUCUUCGUGCAAAUGAUGUAACAGGGAUGCUACUGGAGAUGGACCCAGCUAGUGUUCAGCAGCUGCUCAGUGACCACGCGAUGCUGGAGGUCGCAGUUCAGAAAGCGCAAGCAGCUCUGGAAGCUGGACACUGAACGUUUACACACAGAGUGAAAUGAAUGAAUGACUCAGCUGAACUCGGAUAAUGUAACCAUGGGAGGAGCCGACUGGUCGCUACAGGAGAUCAUGGUCGCGCAAGUUACCUAUUACAUAAGCAGCUGUGGUUGUUUUACACUGACAAUGAAGUGGAGGGUUUGGGUUUCACUGGACCAACUGUCAAUAACUGAACAGUGUGUGAAGCCUCUUUUGAGGUGAAAUGAAGUUGAUAUUGCCACAUUCCAAUACGGGUGCUCACAUUGUAAAUACGCGAUUGUCUUUCUGAGAUAAAACACUGAAUACAAGUGCCAAUGUCAAAUGAAAAAAAAAAUUGAUCAGCAUUGCUCCAUCUUGGAGCCAAUCAUUCGCUACAUGACAUUAAAAUUUGUUUGCUGUAUGAGAGGAAGGUAAGUGCUUAUCUGAGUGUUGCCAACAACCAUACUACAGAUGACAAUGUAUUUGUUUGGAUUUUGUAAUUUGGUGAAAUGUCUGUUGCCAACAGAAAUACAGAUUAGUAAUUUAGAAGAUUUCA